AUGGCUGAUCGCCAAGAAGAGCUCAGAAUUCGGAUGGACACAGUUGCCCAGGUUGUUGCGGACCCCCCGCAAAGAAAUCCUGUUGAUAUCCGUGUCAAUGGUGAACCUGUGAACGGAGGACCUGGUGUAAUUCCUCCUGCUGCCAAUCAAGGUAAUCCUCGUGGGUCUCCCCAGCCUACUCCUGAAGGACAAACUACACAACAGACCAGAAGGGCUGCUGCUAUCCCCGUGUUGGAAGAGGACCGACACGAGGAUUUGUUUCCUGAAAGUGAAUGGGGAUUUCCACGUGAUGCUGGAAGGAUGUUUAGAGGUCUGGAGGAAAGGAUGAGGGCAAUGGAAGGCCAAGGAUUGGGUAUGGAUAUCAAUGACUUGGGUUUAGUUCCUGGCGUGCGUGUGCCACCGAAAUUCAAGGUACCCGACUUCGAGAAAUACAAGGGGAACACUUGUCCUAAGACACAUGUCCGAGCUUACUAUUGCAAAAUGCAUGUGUACUCUGAGGAUAAAGGAUUGUUGAUGCACUUCUUCCAAGAUAGCCUGACUGGGGCAUCCUUGGAAUGGUAUAUGAGAUUGGAGAGAGCUAAUAUCCGAAGUUGGAGGGACCUAGUUGAUGCCUUCAUAAAGCAAUAUCAGUAUAAUGUUGACAUGGCACCAAAUCGCACUCAGUUACAGAAUCUGGCCCAGAAAGCUAAUGAGUCCUUCAAAGAAUAUGCGCAGAAAUGGCGUGAGUUGGCGGAUAGAGUCCAACCACCUAUGCUGGAAAGAGAGAUGAUGGACAUGUUCACCAACACUCUCGAGGGCCAGUACUACUCCGCCUGCUCUGCAUCCUCGAGUUUCGCCGAGUUAGUCAUGAUUGGUGAACAAAUUGAAAGUGGAAUUAAGGCUGGUAGAAUACAGAAUCCAAAUACUGCUAGUUCCUCCUCUGGGGCUAGUGGAAAGAAGCCAUACAAUGGGUUUGCCAAGAAGAGAGAAGGUGAGACUAGUGCUGCUUACUAUGGUGGGGGCAGAAAUCAGACUUAUCAACAAGUAGCCGCUGUGACUAUACCAAAUGCUCCCUUCCAACAUCAACAACAAGGGACUUUGGCCACUCCUGCUAAGUUGCCUGCCAGUUGGGAUGCCAAUGCAAGAUGUGAGUUCCACUCUGGGUCACCUGGACAUAAUAUUGAAAACCGUAAAGCAUUAAAGCAUAAAGUCCAAGAUCUUCUCGACGCUAAAGCCAUCGAGUUUACUCCUACUCAAGGACCUAAUGUUGUUCAGAAUCCUAUGCCUCCCCGUGGAGCUCAUGCGGCAAAUGCUAUUGAGGUUGUUGAAGAUACUCGCCUGGUCAAGGAUGUGAUCGAAUUGGGCUCUCUGUUGCCCUUAUUGAAGAAUGAAUUAUUGAAGAUGGGUCUAUACUCCGGUUGUGGAGAAUGUUGUAUUGACUGCAUGGCCAUUUCCUCAGUUUGUGAUAAGGUCAGAAGUGGUAUUCAACGGUUGAGAGAUAGUGGGUAUCUACAGUUUGAGCAUGUGCGACGUCCUGAAAUGGUUGAAAACGAAGUUAAUGUGGCAUCCAUCCCGUAUACUCCGGCCAAGAUCCCCAUUCCUGCCAGGGCACCUCCUUUGGUUAUUACAUUACCUGGUCCUAUCCCAUAUAACAAUGAAAAAGCAAUUCCGUGGAAUUAUGACGGAGAGGUUUUUUACCAAGGGGCCAAGUAUGAGAUUAAAACGCCAGUUGAGAAAGAAGAUGUUGAUAAUGUUGUGGGCAUUGGAAGAAUGACAAGAAGUGGCCGUAUUUUCAAUCCUCCCCAGAAUACUCGCGAUGACAAUGCAGAAGAUUUAGCUCAAGCAAAAGGGAAAAGAGUGGUAGAAGAUAUAGUGGAUCAGGGGCAAAGCUCUAACUCUGAAGACACUGUGGCCAAAGAGAUGGAAGAGUUCCUAAAGAUCAUCAAGAAGAGUGAAUAUAAAGUGGUUGACCAACUGAGUCAAACUCAAUCAAAGAUUUCGAUUUUGCAGUUGCUCUUGUGUUCGGAGACACAUCGAAAUGCUUUGUUGAGACUUUUAAGUGCUGCCUUUGUUCCUCCGGAAAUCUCAGUGAAUCAACUUGAAGGAGUGGUGUCAAACAUCAACGCUGGUAAUGGAUUGGGGUUCACCGAUGCUGAUCUGCCUCCCGAAGGUAGAAACCACAAUAGAGCUUUGCAUAUAUCAGUGGAGUGUAAAGGGACUAUGUUAUCACGUGUUCUCAUGGAUAAUGGAUCUUCCUUGAAUGUACUACCAAAGUCGUCUUUGAUGAGGCUAGAUUAUUCUGGUGUUGAUAUAAGGCCGAGUGAAUUGACGGUGAGAGCCUUUGAUGGAUCAAAGAGAUCAGUAUUUGGGGAGGUUGACUUGCCGAUAAUGAUAGGCCCUCAGCUCUUCACUAUUACCUUCUUUGUGAUGGAUAUCCACCCGUCUUACAGUUGUCUCCUGGGACGUCCAUGGAUCCAUGCUGCUGGGGCCGUGACUUCCACAUUGCAUCAGAAACUCAAAUUCGCGACUCAAGGAAAGAUAGUCACAAUAUGUGGGGAGGAAGAACACGUGGUAAGCCAUCUUGCGUCCUUCAGGUAUAUUGAUGUGGAAGGAGAGGUUCACGAGACGCCUUGCCAAGCCUUUGAGGCUGUCCAGACUAUCAAGAUCCCUUAUGUUGAAAAUAAGAAGUUGGAGGCUCCCAUGUCUUCACUAAAGGAAGCUAAAGCUGUGUUGGGCCAGAGUUCAUCUAAUGGGGCCCCCGAGAAGCCUGGAACCCUUGUUCCAAUCAAGUUCUCUAGUGCUGGCAUUGUCAAGGAUCAUAUUUGUGCUGCUGAUGAUGAUAUGAAUAGCGAUUAUGAUGUUGAAGAAUGGGUCAAGCCGUGUGUCUCAGGACAGAAGCUUCUCAACUGGUCGUCCGAGGACAUCAUCUCAAUUGCUUCUGAUCAAGAGUAA